CCUUUGCACGCGUCAAGUCAUCCGUCACCUGCAAGUUCAUUACCAAGCGUGGAGGUUGUCAGAAUCCAUCCCCAUCCAAUGCCGGCCUCGAAGAGGUCGAACAGCUCGACGCCUCACUCGACGCCUUCGAAACAGCCUCGUCUUUCCGCCUUUUUCAGUCCUUCAUCUCUCUCCAAAAAGGGCAAAGCUACCUUUGACGACUUCGACUAUGGCGCGGAAGAAGACGCAAAGACGGACGAGGAGCGGAGGAGGCAGGAGCAGGACGACGAGCAGCUAGCCCGGAAACUGCAGCGAGAGUGGGAUGCUCCGCCUCUCGAUGAAGCCCUGAGCAACGCUAAAGUGAAGGAGGAGGCUUCGGCGGACGCUGACGGAAUGGCAGGACCGUCGAAUCUCACCGCUCCACCUGACGAGUGGGAGACGAAGCCUCCGGCAGUCCCAAAACUAGCAGUGGUGGACCUCGAUGCUCUCGAUGCCGCCAUCGAAGCCAUUGAGCUCGGCGACGAUAUAUUCUCUUUUGAUCCUCUGGAGGUGGACACGACCCAUUGGCCCACCAAUGCACAAGGAAGGAUUACGGCUCCCUAUGCGCUUCUAUCGCAUGCCUUUGCGCUCCUCAGCUCAACGCGCAGUCGUCUGCUCAUCGUCACAAUCCUCACCAAUCUCCUUCGUGUGCUCAUGCUGCACGACUCUGAGUCUCUCCUUCCCGCCGUCUACCUCGUCAGCAACCACAUUGCGCCUCCUUAUGACGGCAUCGAGCUAGGGCUGGGGGGCGCCAUUGUCAAUCGGGCAAUCCGGGACGUGACCGGAAAAACGGCCGGUCAUCUCCGAGUGCUCUGGAACAAGACUGGUGAUCCGGGGGAUGUCGCGUAUGAAGCCAAGAAAGACGUCAAGACUCUCGUCGGGAACCGGAAACCAUUGGAAAUCGUGAAGCUGUUCCAGACGCUGCACACCAUUGCACACAUUUCGGGCCCAGGGUCCUCGGCAGCAAAGUUGUCCCAUGUCACCAAGCUCCUCGUCGCGGCUAGGGGCGAAGAGAAUCGCUUUCUUGUCAGGACGUUACAUAGCCACCUCCGAAUCAAUGCGGUCAGGACGACCAUCUCUGCCGCCAUAUCGCGCGCCUUUAUGCUGGAGGCUCCCUCGAGUCACGAGACAGCGUGGAAAUUGACUCGCGAGGAGCGCAGAGGCUUGCUUGCCAAUCCAACGAAGGCGAAAGAGAAGACUGACCCAAGAAGACUCGAGCUGAUGGAGAAGCUGGACCGUGCUCAGCGCCUCGUUCGCGAGGUGCGAGCGCGCCACCCGAACUUCAGCAGCAUCGUUCCAGCUCUGGUCGAGGGAGGCUUGCAGGAGCUUUCCCAGAGAGUUCCUCUUCGCAUUGGCACACCCCUCUCGCCGAUGCUCGGGAGCAUCACUCGCUCGCUCCCCGCCAUGCACACCAAGCUUGGCUCCAGAGCCUUCGUCUCCGAGUUCAAAUAUGACGGCCAGCGCGUUCAGAUCCACGCUGCCCACUAUCCACGGAGCGAGCCGGGAUAUGUGGAGACAAAGAAGAUGCUCAAAGGAGGUAAAGGCAGAUGGGUUGGCGACCAGGGCGAUGUCUUUGUCAGGCUCUUCAGUCGCCACUUGGAGGACAUGACGGACAAGUAUCCCGACAUCGUCGAUUUGAUGCCGGUGUUGAUGGGCCUCUCAGGCGAGAUUGAGGAAGGGGAUUCACCUUCAGCGAAUUCUAACAAGCCACGAUCAUUCGUGAUCGAUGCCGAGGUCGUCGCCCUAUCGCUAGAAGGCGCUCUGCUGCCCUUCCAGACGCUGGCCAACCGGUCUCGAAAAGAUGUGGAUCUAUCUUCAAUCAAGGUCCGCGUUGGCGUCUUUGCUUUCGACCUCAUGUAUCUCGACGGCCAAGGCCUGCUCAAGUCGUCUUUCCGACGAAGAAGACGACUGCUCAAGGAGAGGUUUCCCGAGACAAAGCCAAGGAACCCGCUCGUGGCGCGAUUCUGCCACGUUAGGAGCUGCGAGAGUACCGACCCGGACGAUGUCGAGAGGUUCUUUGCCGCAGCGAGAGAGAGCAAGUGCGAAGGUAUCAUGAUUAAGUCGCUUGAUCAUCACUGGGAAAUCGCCUCCUCGACAACCAAUGGCCACGUAAAGCGAGACCGAGAUGGCGACGAAGACGGAGGAGAGCCAGAUGAGAGGUAUUUGGAGAAGCUUGACGAAAUCGUUGGUGAAGAGAUGCAGCAGGAGGAUCAAGAUGGACCUGCGAAUGACAACAGCACCAAUUCUCUGGUUGGCAAGGGUGUCAACGGGAGGGGAAAGGCGCUCUUGAGCACGUAUGAGCCAGACAAGCGGUGCGAGAGCUGGCUGAAGGUCAAGAAGGACUACGUAGAAGGCAUUGGCGAUUCACUGGACCUUGUCCCCAUCGGUGGCUGGCACGGAAUGGGCCGCAAAGCUGCCUGGUGGUCUCCGGUACUUUUGGCCGUAUACGAUAGCGAGACAGGUCAGUAUCAGGCGGUCUGCAAGUGCAUAUCCGGCUUCACAGACGCAGAAUACAAGAGCAUCAAAUUCGAUCGCUUUAAAGAAGACGGCAUCUCUGCUUACUCGGGCCGCGAAGAACCAAAUCCCCGAGAUGAAUACGAGACGGGCGGUCUCGUACCAGAUGUCUGGUUCACUCCCAAGGAGGUGUGGGAAGUCAGAGGCGCCGACAUCACGCUCUCGCCCGUCUACACGGCCUCAUUGGGCCUUGUCUCGCAAGAGCGCGGGCUCAGCAUGCGAUUUCCGAGGUUUCUCAGGCGGAGAGAGGACAAGAGCGUGGAAGAGGCAAGCUCUCCGCGGCACUUGGCCAACCUGUACUUUGCGCAGAACAAUGAGGCGGGGUCGAAAGCAGAAGCUGCACGUGCAGAGGCCAAGGACGACGAUGUCGAGGGCGACGUCGAAGAGGAAGACGCUGUGGAAAGCAUAAAGGAGGAAGAGGAAUAAAACCAGCUCUGUCCCGUGUAUAGUAAUAACCCUUGCAAUCAUGCAAUGAUGGACAAAAGC